AUGACUAAAAUCACAAAUCUCUUCUUAAUCAUUGCUUUGAUCUUUGGUUCGUUCCUCUCCUCUUCAACUGGAGUUCCGUUCCAAAAACGUGCAACUUGGCCACAACGCGUAGCACGCGUAAGUUAUAACAUUGGGACAGGCAGUACUCUUUUCGGUGAAUUCAGUUUUACUCAACUUGCAUUUCAAUUCACUCGUAUUCUCGGACAAAUCAACAUCGGAAUCAAUGAUAAAGACACAUCCAAAUACUCAUUCGAAAUUUAUACCACGCAAAGUACUGGUGGUACCCUAGUCAAGGUUUUGCCAUUUAAAUUCUCAGUUAACGCUCCACCAGGUGGCACUUCCGCUAUUCAAUUGGACGUCCCCGAUAUUGCUCUUCAACCUAGUUUGCCUCUGCAAGCAACUCCUACGGCUACUGCGACGAAUGUUGCUGAUAAUUUUCUUAGAGUUUAUUAUAAAUCUGCUUCUACUGCUACACCUACUUUGCUGAGCAGUGCGCCAAUUAAAAUUGUACCAUAG